GUCUGUCUUCUAGUCCGUCAUUAGCCAAGAAUGAGUUGAUACGUAUAGUUGUGUACAGUCAAAUAAUUUUAUUGUGGCUGUAUUUUUUUUUUUUUUUUUUUUUUUUUUUUAAGUAGCCUAAGUUUUAGAAAUGUUGACUCCUAGUCUAAAUCGUCAUUUGAAGCUAUUAAUAUGCAUUUGUUUAAUGUCAGCUCAUCAAUUUGUUAUUGGAUGCUCUUUUCUAUUCUCAUCUAUCCUUUUAGCUAAACUAAAAGAGCCAACAUCUACGAUAAAAAUUACACCUGAAGACGGUUCAUGGAUAGCAAGUUUACCGGUAUUAAUAUGCCCUAUCGGUUUACUCAUACUUGGAAUACUGGCAGAUAAAAUCGGCAGAAGAAGAGCUCUCCAAAUUGGUUAUAUACCAAUAGCUAUAAGUUGGCUGGUAUUCGCAUACAGCGAGAGUUUAAAAUCCAUUAUAAUGGCAAGGUUUAUAUUGGGAACUGCAUUUGGGUCGGGAUCGUGCGUGUACUUGUACGUGGGCGAAGUGGCGCCCACCAAGUACCGGCCGCUGUACCUGUCGUUGGUGACCAUAUUCGUGGGCCUGGGCAUGACGUCCGUGUGCGUGAUAUCCAUGUUCUUCGAAUGGCGCACGGUGUCGCUGAUACUGUUCGUGUUCAGCACCGUCAACUGUUCGGCCAUGUUCCUGGUGCCGGAGUCGUACGUGUGGCUCCGGGCCAACGGGCGCACUCGCGAGGCGGCCGCGGCCGAGGCGUGGCUGGGCAUCGAACCGGCGGCCGCGAUCGCCGUCCCGGUGCCGGCGCCGGUCACCGCGCUGGCCGUCAACGGCGACGAACACAUGGGCGCGGCCGCGGACGGCGCCGGCGGACCCGAGUCAGUGGCGUACUGGAGAAGGUUCACCGGGCCGACCGUCUGGAAGCCGACCGCGGUCACCACGCUGUUCUUCAUCUGCCAGCAGGGCAGCGGGUUCUACUUGCUGCUGUUCUACUCGGUGGACGUGCUGAACAGCUUCCGCGUCCAGUGGGACGGCAUCACCGUCACCGCGUUCCUGUCCCUGGCCCGGUUGCUGGGCAGCGUGGUCUACUCGUUGCUGCACCACGUCCACCGCAAGACACUGGUCAUGGUGUCCGGCGGCGGCAUGGGCCUGGCGCUGGCCACCAUCAUCGUCUACAUGCACCUGUACGACGACAUGGUCGACCCUCCCUACGGCGAAGUGCUCAUCGUCGCGUUCGUCGUUUACGUGUUCUUCGCCCUGUUGGCCAUGUUACCGAUGCCCUGGACCAUUUGCGGAGAGGUGUUCCCGAUGUCCGUCAAAGGUGUAAUGGGCGGAAUUGUACAAGCCUUUGGAUAUGAAUUAAUGUUUUUAAUCAUCAAAGUAUAUCCUUCAUUAGUGAUGACAUUCGGAGUAAAAUGUAUUUGGUCAGUAUUCACAAUUUUCUGUUUUCUAAGUGCAUUGUUUGGUGCGUUUAUAUUGCCAGAAACAAAAGGAAAAUCUCUCAACGAUAUAUUAGUAUCGUUUGAAUCCCGUAAAAAAUCGAUGAAAAACAACUUGCCUUAAUAAUAUUGUAUACUUGUUAUUGUUUUUUAUUUUUACAAAACAUAAUAUUAAAAUUGAAUACAAUGAAAUUAUAUUCAAUUCAUUACAAUAGUAUUAUUUAUAUUGUAAUUUAUUUAUUAUUAGAUACCUUAUAGGUAUAGUGUGUUUAUAGUUUUAUGUAAAUUAAUAAUAUUUUCAAUAAAAUUAAAUGUGUACAUAAUAAUA